AAAAAAUUCGAAUCUGAACUCUGGAACAACACAUUACCCAGGUCAUUGAACAUUAUCAUUUUAUCUACAGGAGAAAUGCAAGCAGCUGCAAUAGCAGCCAUGGCAGCCCACGCAAUCCUCACAGCCAUUCCACCAAUUCUUCACCUCCCUCUCUCUCCACUUCCUCCUAAUCAUUCCUCUUUCCAUGGCGUCUCCCUUAACCCCCCACGCCAAUCUUUUUCCCUCUCUCUCGCCGCCGAGAAGCAACCACCUCUUUUUGUUGUUGCUUCUGCUACCAAGAAAGCUGUUGCUGUCCUUAAAGGCACUUCUAAUGUUGAAGGCGCCGUCAUUUUGACCCAGGAAGCCGAUGGUCCUACAACUGUGAAUGCUCGUAUUACUGGGCUUACUCCAGGGCCUCAUGGAUUCCACCUGCAUCAAUAUGGUGACACAACAAAUGGAUGCGUGUCAACAGGAGCACAUUUUAAUCCUAACAAUUUGACACAUGGUGCUCCCGAGGAUGAAAUCCGUCAUGCGGGUGACCUGGGAAACAUAGUUGCUACUGCUGAUGGGGUGGCAGAGGCAAUAAUAGUGGAUAACCAGAUAACACUGAGUGGUCCUAACACGGUGAUCGGAAGAGCACUUGUGGUUCAUGAGCUCGAGGAUGACCUUGGAAAGGGCGGGCAUGAACUCAGCUCAACCACUGGGAAUGCAGGUGGAAGAUUGGCAUGUGGAGUUGUUGGUUUGACUCCAGUAUAAUGGCAUCUGUUGUUCGAAGCAGUCUGGUGUCAGCGUUUGCUGCUUGCUUUCACCACUUUCUCAUGUAGAGCCCACUGUUAAUUUUCUCAGUGUGUAAAGUAAUACUAUCAGGACAGCAAGUAUCAAGUCAUGAUCUUAGACAGGUUUGCUACCUGGAUAAACUUUGCUGUCAAUGCAUGCCUUGUCAAUGCCCAGAAUGUGAUAUAUCAGCAAUUGAUUUCAUCAAAUUUGGAUUA